AAUUCUCAAUCUUCUCUGCGUUAUUUCCCAAAUCCAAAAACCCUAGCAUUUCUCAUCAAUGGCCCGCACCAAGCAAACCGCCCGCAAAUCCACCGGCGGAAAGGCGCCGAGGAAGCAGCUCGCGACCAAGGCGGCCAGGAAAUCUGCCCCCGCCACCGGCGGAGUGAAGAAGCCCCACCGCUUCCGCCCCGGAACCGUCGCUCUCCGUGAGAUCCGAAAGUAUCAGAAGUCCACCGAGCUACUCAUCAGGAAGCUGCCGUUCCAGAGGCUCGUCCGUGAGAUCGCUCAGGAUUUCAAGACGGAUCUGAGGUUUCAGAGCUCCGCCGUGGCUGCGCUCCAGGAGGCGGCGGAGGCCUACCUCGUCGGACUUUUCGAAGACACUAACCUCUGCGCUAUUCACGCAAAGCGAGUCACGAUUAUGCCCAAGGACAUUCAGCUGGCUAGGAGGAUUAGGGGCGAGAGGGCGUAAUUGUAACUAGAUGCUUUUGUUUAUGGUAAUUGGGUUCUUUUACCCUCCAAUGGAAUUGAAAUUGUAACGUUUCCUCACUUUGUCAAUGAAUGUUAUGAUUUUAUGGCCAA